GCCCAGAGUGAGUACUCGUGUAUGUAGUACAAGUUUAGCACAGCCACCGAAUUGUUUGGUUCUAUUUGGAGCUCCCACUUCGCUGAGCAGAAACUAGUGGACAAGGAAGCCGUCGUUCCCAAAAUCCAAAACUCGUCGACCGCCAUGGCCAUCAAGAUCCCCAUCGUCAAGAAGCGCACCAAGCAUUUCAAGCGCCACCAGUCCGACCGUUACCACAGCGUCAAGGAAGCAUGGCGGAAACCCAAGGGUAUUGACAACAGAGUGAGACGUCGGUUCAAGGGCCAGCUUCCCAUGCCCAAAAUUGGUUACGGGAGCAACAAGAAGACCCGUCACCUUCUCCCCAACGGCCUUAAGAAGUUCCUCAUCAACAAUGUCAAGGAAAUUGACCUCCUUCUGAUGCACAACAAAAGCUACGCGGCAGAGAUCGCACACAACGUCAGCAGCCGCAACCGCACUAUCAUUCUUGAGCGAGCAAAGGCUCUCGGAGUGAAGGUGACCAACUCUGCAGCACGGCUGCGGUCAGAAGAGUGAUUUGUUGUCGUUUCUUAUUCACGCCAUUCCCAUGUAUUCAUUUCAUAUGCUGGAGAUAAUCUCGACAUGCAAGCAUGCUUCAGGCUGAAUGAUCAUGUAUUGUCAAUCUGUAAGAUCGGUCACAUAUGCAUGAGGAUAUUGUGC